AUGUGUAGCAACGCUUAUCAAACCAGCAGCAGUCUCGAGAAACAUAAAAUCAUAAAACACACAACAUUGGAAAAGAAGUUCAAAUGUGAAAUAUGUAGCAAAGAUUUCCAUUUAGAUGAGCAAUUAGUGCAACACCUGGGUACGCACAGCACGAACCGAUCUCACGAGUGUAUGAUUUGCGGCAGAGGGUUCCGACUUAGUUCGCUGCUCGCAAAGCACAUGCACAGUCACAGCAAUGAGCGGCUAUUCACGUGCGACAUCUGUGGUAAAACCUUCAAGUCGCCCAGUUGCUUAUGUACGCACAAAAAAACCCACACAUUCGUAGAUGAGCGUCCCUACCAGUGUGACAUCUGUGGCUCCUCGUACACGUCGCGUAGCGGUAUGCAGUUGCACCGGAAGAUGCACUCCUUUGUCGAGCGCAAAGCGUACAAAUGUGAUCUGUGCAAUGCCGGAUUCACCCAGAAGGGUACCCUCGCUAAUCAUAAGAAAAAACACGCCCAAAGCACGCCGGAUGGUAGUGAAUUAAGUCCAAUGGGACGGUCAUUGGUCGUUUGA